AAGCAGAACUUCUUGAAACCGAACCACUACCAAACCCUCUCCUUCGCGUCCGACCUUCGCCUUUCAGCAAGUAUCAAAUAUUUAUAAUCUUAUAAUUUGUACCUUGUUCCCAACGGCCUCCUUUGCAACAUGCCUUUCGUCCGAAGCCUUGCUCGUCCCGGUGGAUCAAAGCGUGCCCGCUCCGUCCUCAACCUCAACUCAGGCGAGGGUACAGCAGGCUUAGAAGCUUUGCAGCGGAUUCGUUCUUGUGGUCGAACAGCUACUACAAUGCGAAGAUUGCGAUUCCUUCAAACGUACAUCAUGGAGAAGACGGGAUCGGAAGUCCGCUCCAAGCAACUCACUGCUUAUUUGAGAUUUGUCAAGAAUUCUCGUAAGAAGUGUACGCAUCUUUGCAUCUGUGCAUCUGUGCAUUCAUGCGCUUCUGUUCGCAUCCUCACGAGUUGUACAGCGUUCGCAAGGCUGCAGUCGCGUAACCCCGCCAAGCAUCCCCAAAGACGUCAACCAAACUCCAACACAACUUCCUUCUCAAAGGGCCCUGUGACUAGUUCUUCCAAUGUCAAACCGCCAGCUUCGAUGUCUCGUCGCAGACUGGCUUCGAACAGGCCCGCGCUACGAUGUCUCGUUGACCUACCUCCGAUUCCAACUUUCUCCACUCCAACCGCAUUGCCUCCUCCCUCUCUUUCCUCUAAUGCUUUUCUUCCGACAACUGUGACAUCCGGCUCGAUUCCGGUCACCCCUGUAACUCAAAUCAUGCAUACACCCGAUAAUCCUCCUCCGCAGACUCAAGACGCAACUUGUAAACCAACGGGUAAACUCAAGCUCAACAUCGAUACUAUCAAGUCGAUCCAUCCUGGCCGCUCCACGGUCAGAGAUCCCAUGGCGGUUUCUCCCUAUCUGCCAUUCACGCCUUUGGAUACUCCUACUCUUCAUGCUUCGCUGGAGGGUGACGUCUAUCCGUUCGAUCUGACCCAACGACUUAGUGGCUUGAAGAUGGGUAUGACCCCGAGUCCUCCUUAUUCACGAUUGGGAAAGCCUCCAUCUCCAUCCUCCGCACGCAAGACCCCUCGUCGCCUGCCAUUUACUCUUCCUAGACGCCUUUCCUACCGACUCAGUGCCCCUUUGUCACCCUCUCCCUUAUCGAUGCUCGCUUGUCGAGGACUGCGGGCAUCGGAUGCGAUUACUCUAGCCUCUCCGCUAGACAUUCAGAAGCACUCUUUCCAUCCUAAAAAGUCUGUCGGCGUGGCUGAGAGUCCCAAAGGGCAAGCAAAAUCAUGUUCACCUGCGCCAAACGACAACUCCCCACUUGGAUACUUCACUUUUGUAGCUUGAUAAUACAGUUUCACUCUCCAUCUUUGCAUUAACGCCUGCGACAACCUCUUUGACCUUUUGAACUUGUUCGAUUUGCGUAUUCCCCUCUCCACUAUUUUGCAGUAAUGUUUUUACCUCACCCUCUUUUUGAAGCAUUGAAAUGGUAACACUCAUAUCACAACCUUCUGAGUAUUGUACGAUGUAGCACAUCUUUUUAAAUUAGCAGUUAGCUGUAGCUUGUACAGUACAGUAGUAUAUCAUGAUGAAAUGUAGAACUUAUAGUCACCCCCGGCGAUUUGGUCCCAUCCAACUUCAAGAAGAGUUGGUUCCAGA